GUGCGAGUGUCGUGCGAAGAGCUUCGUGGCUCCGCAACCAGUUUGCCCGCACUGAUCGUCCUUUGCGCUCGUGCAACCGCUCUGCUGCGUCUCGCGCGGUCCGCGUUCUGUGCUCGAAAUCGCAGGCCCAACCGAACAGAACUGGAGCGGAAUCAGGUCCAAAAUUCUGCGCGAUAGUUUGUUUAGUUGCUGUUCAAAGUCCGAAAAUAUCUCUAGUAUGCGCGGACCUGCAGGGAACCAGAUCGAGCCGCGAGUGCCAUGCUGCUAAACAAAGUCUUUUGUGGCUGCAGUUUGUUCGGUUUAAGAUAACAAAUAAAGGGAAUAAUACAACAUUUUUGCCGGCUUCACACUCUCACUCUCCUCGGUGUUGUCGGCAGAUCUCUCGCUCCGAGUGCUAUUUUCUCUCACAUCGCUUGCAUAACCCAGAGCAAAACACACCGCGCGCGGCCAGUUUGCAGAUCGCAGAUGCAGAUACAUUUACAAGAUACUGCGUCUAGUAGUGGACCUGCAGAUAGCUUGCGAGCAUGCGAGUGCAUGCGAUUGCAAUUGCAAUUGGAAUUGUCUCCGGUUAUUAACUUUUUAGACUCAGGAAUUAAGUCAUUACGGCCAACCGAAAUUGAGGUGCUUACAAAUUCAAAUUCAUUCAGCGAAUUAUAAAAAGUGAAACUAAGGUCUAAAACUUCUCAAUAGUAUACAGACAAGCAAAUACAAACCUAUAUACCAAGACUUAUCAUUAAUCAAAUUAAGGUUUAAUCGCAACUUGAAUAUUUAAAGUUCCCAACUAAUUAGAGUUGCAUUCAAAUUAUUAUUUAAAUGUUGAACAAUUACAAGUCGCAGAGAUUAAGCUCUAAUCAAAAGUGAAGCGGCUGCAGAAAAUGCUUCUAAAACUGGCUUAAGGCACGGCAAGUAAAUUGAGAUACUCGAGUCUUUAAACAGGAUACAAGGCAGUGCAGACAUGGUUUCGGAGGAGAACUGGAACAGCGACACAAUGUCCGACUCGGACAUGAUCGACUCGAAGAACGACGUGUGCGGGGGAGCCUCCAGCUCCAGCGGGAGCUCCAUCUCGCCGAGGACUCCGCCCAACUGCGCCCGCUGCAGAAAUCACGGGUUGAAGAUCACCCUGAAGGGACACAAGCGGUACUGCAAGUUCCGCUACUGCACCUGCGAGAAGUGCCGCCUCACGGCCGACCGCCAGCGAGUGAUGGCCUUGCAAACGGCCUUGAGGCGGGCCCAGGCGCAGGAUGAGCAGCGGGCACUCCACAUGCACGAGGUGCCGCCCACAGGUUCGGGGGCUGCCUCUUUGUUGGGCCACCACCACCACGCCGCUGCCCCCGCCCACGUCCACGCCCACCACGUGCACGCCCACCACGCCCACGGCCACCAUUCGCAUCACGGCCAUGUCCUGCACCACCAGCACUCGGCGGCCGCAGCAGCAGCAGCCGCUGGAGCAGCACCCGCGGCUCCGACCUCCCAUUUGGGUGGCUCCACUGCGGCAGCUUCGAGUCUCCAUGGCCACGCCCACGCGCACCACGUUCACAUGGCUGCCGCCGCAGCCGCCUCGGUGGUGCAGCACCAGCACCAGAGCCACCCGCACCACCACCACCAGCACCACCACCCGCAUCCGCAGCAGCCACCGCCACCGCAGCAGCAGACGACGCUGCGAUCGCCACCGCACAGCGAGCACGGCGGCAGUGUGGGACCGGCCAGCAGCAGUUCCGGCGGAGGAGCGAGCAGUUCCAUCAAUGCCGCAGCGGCCACCUCGAGCAGCGGUUCCAGCAACGGCGGCGCUGGCGCUGGCGGAGGCGGAGGCGGAGGAGGAGGAGGAGCAGGAGGCGCCACCGCGGCUAACGGAGCAGGAGGCGGAAGGUCAGCGGGCACCUCGGUGAUCACCAGCGCCGACCACCACAUGACCACGGUGCCAACGCCCGCGCAGUCGCUGGAGGGAUCCUGCGACUCGUCGUCGCUCUCGCCGUCGUCCACUUCCGGUGCCGCCAUUUUGCCGAUCUCAGUUUCCGUCAAUCGCAAGAAUGGCGCCAAUGUGCCCCUGGGCCAAGACGUUUUCCUAGACUAUUGCCAAAAGCUAUUAGAGAAAUUCCGCUAUCCUUGGGAACUGAUGCCGCUCAUGUAUGUGAUAUUGAAGGAUGCAGACGCCAAUAUUGAAGAGGCUUCCCGGCGAAUCGAAGAGGCUCGCGUGGAAAUAAACCGCACUGUAGCGCAGAUCUACUACAACUACUACACCCCGAUGGCCUUGGUGAACGGGGCGCCAAUGUACCUGACCUACCCGAGCAUCGAGCAGGGUCGCUAUGGAGCGCACUUCACCCACUUGCCGCUCACCCAGAUCUGUCCGCCGACGCCGGAGCCGCUGGCCCUCAGCCGUUCGCCGAGCAGUCCGAGCGGACCCUCGACGGCCCACCACCAGAAGCACUCGCGGCCGGGCAGCAGCAACGGCACCGUGCACUCGGCCGCCUCGCCCACGAUGGUCACCACGAUGGCCACCACCUCCUCCACGCCCACGCCCACCCUCAGCCGCCGGCAGCGGUCGCGCUCGCCCACGCCGCCCACGCCCACCACGCCCCCGCCGGCGCACAGCAGCAGCAACGGAGCGUACCACCACGGCCACCACCUGGUCAGCUCCACGGCCGCCACGUAGCAGUACCGCAACGUUGCCGCCGCCGUGGCAGCAGCAGCAGCGGCAGCUGUCCUCUUUGUCGAUAAUUGAGUAUAACCAACCUCUUGAAUGGAAAGCAGCAUUGCACUGGAUGAACCCAACUGAGCAAGCGUGUCGGAAAGUUGCAGCUUCCGCAGAAUGUUAUUUAAUAUCUAACCAGACUUUGACAUAAUUCCAACAAAAAGUAAAAGCAUAGAACAUCUAUAUUAUGAAAUUGUAAUCCCCAGAAACCCUUUUCAAAUUGAUCUCAAAAACAUAACUUAAAAUAAAAAUACAUAAUUCAUACAAAUUGUGGACUAGGCUAUCUGAUGUGUUAUUAAAUAUGAACGUGUCGGUAGCAACAUUGUGUGUACACUUUGAAAACUUUUUCUGCAAGAUAAUAAUCAAGAAACUAAUAUCGAUUAGCACAAAAUUAAAACUUCUUUAAACUUACAAUAGCCACAAUUCUAUACUUGAAAGUUCUAGUCGUAAGCACGAGCACUUUACCACGAAAUCAUCGCUGUACAGCAAGCGAUUAAAGAAACGAAUAUCAGACUAUUAGAUCGCUUUAUUACAAAUUUGUUCUAUUUACAUAAAAAAAACGUGUAUUUGAUAUGAGAUUAUCAGCUUGAAACAUAAAAACUUUAUUUAACUUCUUAUAGGAAUACAUUACAUUUUUCUUGGGCUGUGCGCUGGCAUGUAAAGAGAGCAUGCGGUUUAUUAUGACUUCGUGAGAAUGAUCUGUCUGAUCUGAAAGUAGUGUAGCGUACUUUUCCAAAUUUGAGAAAAUACAGUUUUCCUUUGCACAUCAAUCGUUUCUUUUGUACAGUUUGACAAAAACCAAAUAUGUUAUGCUAUUCAGAUCGUAGUGGAAUUCGAUUGUAUCCGCUUAAGUAAAAAUCGCGAAAUAUUAAAUUAAGGAUAUAUUAACUUAGUAGAACACAUUUCAAUUUUAAUGGAACUCAUUAUAAAUCACCAAACACUUUAAUCGUAUUCUAGUUAAUUUUAAUACAAAUGCUUUGAAACAAAGAAAUAAAAACAUAAAGAAAUCUA